AUACGCAUCCGCAGGCAAAGAAAAUGCCGUUUCUCCUCAACGAUCUGUCUUGUUCUCGUGUUGUGGAUCGCUGGUCGAUCUUCUGCGCGCGUAUGUGUUGGUUUUACUUUUAGGUCCUCGCCACUUGUUUGGUUUUCGGUCUCUUCCUUUCAUCUCUUCGUUGCCAAUUUUUUUUCGGUUUCUUUCUAGAAGAUCUUCUGAACAAUGAUCGUACCCAUGGUGUCUACUAUUUCAACAUCGCCAAACUAAGAUACAAGUCGGUCCGCAGCGUCUCGCCUCCACGCCCCCACUUUCUCCAAGGUUUUUCACCUAAUGUAGAUCUAGAUGGUCAUUGGCGUCGGAGAAGAAUAGCAAUUGCUAUAGAGCGGGGUAACAAAUUCGGACGAGUUGUGGCCGUCCCACUUCUCACCCGCCCGGCCGGGUGGGUGACUAGUGGGACGGAACCAGGACCCUGACCACGAGAACGGCGAAAAGCAAGACUCGGCCAGGUGGUCAGGCUCCUGGUUCCGUCCCACUAGUCACCCACCCGGCCGGGCGGGUGAAAAGUGGGACGGCCACAACUCGGCAGAAUUUGUUACCCCGCUCUAACGUGAAAUCUCGAUGCUUGAAGUGUGGCUUCCCGCGGUCGGUUGUUGCAUUUUGGGCACGCUGAAAGGCAUCCAGCAUUCGUUCCACAAGCGCGGCGGACUGAAGUUGGCGGCGAUCGCAAGCGCCGGCGUCGGCGGCGUUGCAUACAUCAAAAUCUAUCGAGGCGAUCAGGACUGGUUUGGCUUUUAGUGCGGUUUCUUUGUCAGGUUUUGCAUCGCGAAAAGUUUAUCAUUGGAACUGCUUUUGUACUGUCGCAGUUGUCCCGGUCCCAUUCAUAUUCAACUUGCAAUUUGUAUUUGUGAAACGUACCAGGUUCCGCUACGUUCCGUACGCCAAACAACCCACGUAUUUGAAGAAAAACUUUCCGUUCUACGUGUCCAGUUACUGUCUUUCUUUCUGCGGUGCCUACGCCACGCGAGAGGGCUACGUCAAGUUCAUGUCUCGCUACAUGUUGCCGAAAUAG